CAGGCAACCAUCUGGCGCAAGCCGUGAUAUGGACCUGCAGUGGCGUGGGAUUAGCCCAUUGUUUUAGCCAUCCUGCAAGAUCGAUGCGCUACUGCACCUUGGACGAGCUCCUCGCGACGCUGCCGUCGGACCGCGCGCGCUUGGAAGCACAGCUCGACCGCUUGGGCGAGAAGUCGGCCGAGGCACAAGGCUUGCGCCAGCCCAUCACGUCCAUGGCACUCCUUCAAUCGCCCAAGAGCCUUGACGAAGGCCAUCACGUCCACGUUCUCGUCGACGAUCAGCAUGAUGGCGCGAUUGUGGGGUACCUCAAGACGGGUACCAAGCACCUUUACUACGUGACGGCCGCCGGUGCAUACAAAGAGAUGGACCCGGUCUGCGUCCUCGACUUUUACGUCGUCCAGCAGCGUCAAGGCCAUGGCGCGAUGCUCUUUCGCUCGAUGCUCGAGCGGCUACACGUGGCCGCCAAGGACCUCGCGUAUGACCGGCCGUCGCCCAAGCUCGGGCCAUUCCUCGCCAAGCACUUUCAGCUGCGCUCGUUCGUGCCGCAGAGCAACCGCUUUGUGAUCUUUGACGCGUUCUUUGAGGCGCAAGAAAGCAACAAUCGCCAAUGACCUCCAUGGCUUGCGCAGAAACUGCUGGAUGUAGGAUUACUUUUAAACGGACGCGAGGAACGCGAGGAG